GUAUGUAUGGAUGUAGCACGUUAGGUUGCAACCUAUGCGCUUGCUGCGUUUACUGGGCAAACAUCCUGUAUAUAUCGCUGAUUCUCCCACAUUUACUUUGUGGCGUUAUCAGCGUUUGAUGAAAUUGUGUAAUCAAUAUAAAGUCUUUUCGAUAUAAUUUUUGGAGGCCGGAUAAGCUUCUCCGUUAGAUUUAUCGAGUCUUCAAAGGGAUUGUACAAGUAGACUUGAUACUGAAAUUAGGUUCAUGGGUCCUUUUCUUUUCCUAUAGUCCAAUUCUAUGUGACUGCUCUCACUUUCAAAUUUCUCUAAAGAAACGCUGGAAACUGAUAUUUUGAAAGCUUGUGAUUCAACCACUGAGUAUGAGUAACGAACGGUAUGUGGCAUUAUCUUCAAGAAGUUUGUUACAACUUAUUUGCGAGGCAGAAGUUUUUUGAUGUAUCAACAACAGUUGAUCCAAGUUAUAUAAUAUCGCUGAUAAGAAAACUUCUGCCUUCUGGUUCUGGUACUAAUAGUAGUUGUGAUGGAGUUGUUUUUGAUGCCCUGAACCAAGGAUCACCUUCCCGUGCCAAAGAAGGGAAUGCAGCCUUCACAUCUAAAGAUGGACAUUCUGAAUUAUCAAAGAAAAAAUCUGAGAAUAUGGAUGUUGAUAAUUCCGGUGAAUUUUCCCAUCAGAAAGGAGAACUUGAAGAUCUGUGUGAUGGACUUGAACAAUCUGGCGCCUCAGUCAGAAAUGAGGCCUGGGAGGAAUAUGGUUGCAUUUUGUGGGAUCUAGCUGCCAGUAAAAUGCAUGCAGAACUCAUGGUGGAGAAUCUCAUACUUGAAGUUAUUUUUGCAAAUCUGAUGGUUUGCAAAUCCCAGCGUGUUAUUGAAAUUGUUAUAGGAAUUUGUGGUAAUUUAGCCUGUCACGAGGUUCCGAUGAAACAUAUAGUCUUGACCAAUGGAUUGAUUGAGAUAAUUGUGGAUAAAUUGUUUCUGGAUGACCCCCAGUGCCUGUGUGAAAUAUGCCGAUUGUUAACUGUGGGCCUUCAAAGUGGUCAGUCUAUCAAAUGGUGUGACGCAUUGCAGUCCGAACCUAUAUUAGGUCGAAUCAUGUGGAUUGUAGAAAAUACCUUAAAUCCUCAGCUUAUAGAGAAGAGCAUUGGGCUUAUUCUGGCUAUAUUAGAAAGUCGGCAGGAAGUUGUGGAUGUUCUUCUUCCGCCUAUGAUGAAGAUGGGUUUAACAAGUUUAUUGAUUAAUCUCUUGGCUUUUGAGGUGAGCAAAUUAAUGAGUGAAAGAAAACCUGAAAGGUAUUCAAUUCUUGAUUUACUUCUUCGAGUAAUUGAAGCACUUUCUGUCAUAGAUGAUCAUUCUCAGGAAAUAUGUUCAAGUAAAGAGCUAUUCGAAUUAGUCUCUUGUUUGAUCAAGUUCCCAGAUAAAGAUGAGGUUGCAAGCUGUUGUGUUGCUGCUGCAGUUCUUCUUGCAAAUAUUUUGGCUGAUGUAACUGAGCGAGCUUCUGAGAUAUCACAGGAUUUGUCUAUUUUAGAAGGUCUGCUUGACAUAUUCCCUUUUGCUUCUGAUGAUGUGGAAGCAAGAAAUGCACUAUGGAACAUACUUGCAAGAGUGUUGGUUAGAAUUCGAGAAACUGAGAUGAGCUCGUCAAGCCUGAAUCACUAUGUUUCAGUUCUUGUGGCCAGAGUUGAUCUGAUUGAAGACGAGCUUCUCAAUCAGCAAUUAGAUGAUUCUAGACAUGGGGAUGAGAGCUUCUGUCCUGCGGCCUCAAAAGCAGAUGCUAGGAUUACAUCUCUCAGGAGGAUGAUCAGCAUUUUGAAUCAGUGGGCUGCUGCUAAGGAUUACUCUCAUGAUAGUGUGAAUGCUGAAGUUAUUGUAAAUGAUACUGAUGUAAAAAAAUUGUUGAAUUGCUGUCAUAAGUACUCCAAGUAGACUAAUUUCUCUGUUUUGUAUGGUUAACUUAUGUAAGUUACAGCUUAGAUGAUCUAUGAGUACUAUUAAUCUUUCAA